AUGUAUUUGCAGUUGCUGAUGUUGCUUACAGGAAAAAGUAAUUCAAUUCUUGUCAGUGGAGAGAGCGGAGCCGGUAAAACUGAAACUACAAGAAUGCUUAUGCGCUACCUUGCUUAUUUAGGAGGAAGAGCUGACACCAAAGGAAGAACAGUUGAACAGCAAGUUCUUGAAUCAAAUCCAAUUUUAGAAGCCUUUGGAAAUGCUAAAACUAUGAGGAACAACAAUUCGAGUCCGUUUGGUAAAUUCGUUGAGAUCCAAUUUGAUAAGAAUGGAAGAAUCUCAGGAGCAGCCAUUAGAACAUACCUUUUAGAAAGAUCUAGGGUUUGUCAAGUAAAUGAUCCUGAACGCAAUUACCACUGCUUCUAUCUUCUCUGUGCUGCACUGCAGGAGUCAAAAUGUUUUGAACUGGCUGAUAUAAGCGAUGCUAACGAGUAUGUUUCCACUAGAAGAGCUAUGGACAUUGUUGGAAUAAGCUAA